AUGGGUGGACGGCAAUCGUCCGUGGCCGAGGACCGACCACGAUCCAAUUCCGUUGAUGCUACCAGCGCUUCUCAGGGUGGGCAUGAUGACAGUACCACCAGGAACCCAAGCAGAUCAGUUAUGACUGCCGCAGAGUUUUUGCAGACGAUACGGAAUGCACGCAUAGUUGGGUCCUCAUCAGAUUCCAAUGGUUCCGAAGAUGAUGCUGGUCCUUCAACUCUUCAUCAGCAUUCCAUGAGAUUGCGUUCACAUGGUGGUCUGAGCUUCAACCAUGCACGAAGCGGCCGGUUGCGAGGUAACUUUAGCAGACGCUCGAUGCCUGUUUUUAUGAUGGGUGGUGAAGACAUGACAUGUCCUAUAUGCCACAAAACUGUUCCUUCGGAUGAAGCGGAUGUGCAUCUUGUAAUGUGCCUUACUAGACCUAAGAUUACUUAUAAUGAUGAUGUUCUUACUGAAGAUAAGGGUGAAUGUUCAAUUUGUCUGGAAGAGAUGUUGACUGGAGCGGUGAUCGCCCGCCUGCCUUGCCUUUGCAUAUAUCAUAAACAAUGCAUCGAUGAGUGGUUCAAACGGAAAAAUUGUUGCCCCGAGCAUCCUGGAGACGAUUGA